AUGACCGUCACCGCACCCUACACCACUGCCCUCACUACCAAGAUCGAGAACUCUCGAUUGAGGCUCCUUAACAAAAUUAAGGCUGGCGAAUACCCCCUCAUGACCUUCAUGGCCAUUCCCUCUAUUCGCCAAGCCCAAAUCGUCGCUCUCACUGGCGUCGACGGUAUCAUCAUCGACUGCGAGCAUGGCCACAUUGGCGAUGAUGCCAUGCACAACUCCGUUGCUGCCAUCUCUGCCCUCGGUGUCUCUCCAGUGAUCCGCAUCCGCGGCCCUGCACAUGAUAUCCUCAAGCGCGCCCUCGAUACCGGUGCCCACGGUAUCAUGGUGCCCCAGAUCAACAACGCCGAAGAAGCCCAGCAAAUCGUUGCUUCUUCCAAGUUCCCUCCCCAGGGAGUGCGUGGCCAAGGCUCUGCAUUCCCCGCUAUCGGCCACGGCCUCACAACCCCCGAGUACAUGAAGUCCGCCAACGAGACCAUCAUCACCAUGAUCCAGAUCGAGACCCGAGCUGGUGUCGAGAACGUUGAUGCAAUCUGUGCUGUGGAGGGUGUCGAUAUGGUUUUCAUUGGACCCAAUGAUCUUGCACAGUCUCUGCUUGGAUACACACCUGCUCGUGGUGAUGAGCCCGAGUUUGUGAAUGCCGUUAGUAAGAUUAUUGCUGCUGCACGCAAACAUGGCAAGUGGGCCGGUCGUAUGGUGAACAAUGGUUCUGCUGCGAAGGAGGCGCGCGAAAAGUACGAUACCGUUGCUAUCACUGGUGAUACCAAGGCCAUCCAAAAUUGGUACAUGGCAGAGUUCGAGAUUGCCCGUUCAUGA